UACUCAGUUGGUUAUGGCCAGUCACCAGGGAAACAGACGGCACACAUAACGGUCCGAUUUGAACAAUAAAAUUAUCUUAAUAAUAACAUUAAUUCAUAACCGUCGUAUUGAGUAUUACUAGCGCAUUUCUCAUCAAAUCGGUUUUUUACGAAAACUGUAUACAUUUAUUUUAUAUAUUUAUAUGUAUUUACAUAGCCGUUGUAUCUAAUUACAUAUGUAAACGUCGUUUGUUAUUAUUCUUCAUAGUAUUAUUUAACUAUUUUGGCGUUUUGCAUUUCACUGACCGUUCCGUACGUCUGUAACAAAUUUAAAUUUUAUACGUUUUCCAAAAGAAUAAAACCGUCUUACAUCGCCUCUCCAAUAACAUAAUACAUAUUAUAAUUGCACUUAAAAAUAUUAGAAAAUGAUGUCACCUUCUACUGCGUUGGUGAUUUUUGGAUUUUCUUUGAUUUGGUCUACAUGCUUAGCUGACCCCAUCGCGAUGGAUAACUGUUGGCGGAAAGUGUGGUCUCUGACGCCCUCAUGUAACGGAAUGGACAGUUCUUCAGACAGUCCAAGGCUGUGCGUUUUUCAGUCAAAAUGUGAUAAUGCAUCGAGACCAAACGCAUGCACAAUUGAAUUUAUUAGUUACGAAGAAAAUUAUCCGAUCAAAGCAAUGGAGAUUCCAGAAAGCCAAGUGCCGAUAUCACAACCUAGAAGGUCCACGAAUGCUGAAGCUUGGAUUGGAGGUUUAGUGGCAGUUGGCAUUAUAAGUUUAUCGGGGCUCGUUGGUGCAAUAUUUUGGCCACUACUCAAUGACCCGAAUCGAAAGAAAACUGUCAUGAGAAUUCUUUUGGGUUUAGCCACAGGGUCAUUAUCAAGUUCAGCUGUAUUCCAACUUCUACCAGAAGCGUUCAAGAUAGCAGAGUCGUUUCCCGACUUCAGACACACGGCUCUUAUAAUGUGGUUGAGCCUGUGGGGAUUAUACAUGAUCGAAACGUUAGCCGGCAUCAUUUUCUACAAAGAAGAAAAGAAGAUCGGCAUCGACGAACUAUCGCCGUCACUUCAGCUCAACAAUGGCAAUGGGACAGAAAUGAAACAAAUAUCGCACGGUCACGGUCACAGCCACAGUCACAAAUUGACAAAUAAAUCUACGGACGGCAAGAGCCCAAUUUCGACGUUAGCUCUAUUGGUGCUUUUCGGCGACAGUCUACACAACAUAAUCGAUGGCAUGUCGAUCGGUGCUGCGUUCUCGGAAAAUGUUACAACCGGCAUAUCUAUAUCGAUUGCAAUUGCGUGCGAGGAAUUCCCGCAUGAAAUCGGAGAUUUCGCUAUAUUAAUUCAGUCUGGCAUGUCGUUCCGCCGUGCUUUGUCAUUUAAUUUCCUGUCGGCUUGUACAGCGUUUAUAGGUUUGGUGAUUGGUAUUUGUUUGGGAAACAUGGAAUAUUCUGGGUUUGUAUUCGCUUUCGCCGGUGGACUGUUUCUGUUCAUUACCUUAACACAUUUGACACCAGAAAUGAAGAGUAUGAUCGAUGAAAAUCUGAUUGAAAGCAAAACGUCUGCAUACAUUGGACUGUUAUUGCAAAACAUUGGGAUGUUGACCGGCGCUACUCUAAUGUAUCUAAUCACGUUUUCGGAUUUCAUGAAAAUUUAAUGAUAUAUAAAUAUACCUAAAUAUUUAUCGUACACUAUUCUUUGAACGUCUGGUGGAGGGUUUUACAAAAUUUAACAUAUUUAUAUAUUUUUUAAUUAUCACUAGCUACGUUCAUUGUACAAUAAUAUUAUUGCUUCAAUUAUUAAACAUAAUAACUAACGCAAAGGAAUGGUUUGCUCAAUAAGUUAGAAGUAAAUAAUAGGUAUGAAAACGAGGUUAAUAGUUAAUAUAUUUUUUACUUAUUUAAUUUAUAUAGUAUGACAACAGACGUCGUCAUGUCAUAACUUUUUAAAAUUGAAUUUUAACUUCAUAUACUUUUAAUAUCGUUGGUUAUUACAAAGAAAUAUUUUAUUUUUUAACGUAGUUGUAUAAGAAAUAUAUCAUAUUAUCGU